AUGUCUACCACCGUCGAAGCACCAGCGACAACAAAUGAGGAAGCACCUGGAAUGAUGAGGCCGCCGAUUGACAUGAAGUGGGAAGAGGUCGCCGCUCAGCUGCAAGAAGCAUUUGGAUACAGCCAAACUGAACUGGAUUCAUACACCAUGCUUGACUCUGACAAGGAGGGAUUAAUGAAAUUGUACAAAGCCAUGCAAACAGCCAGAGCUUUUGAGAAUGCCUGCAACCAACAAUACAUGCAAGGAAAGAUCCGUGGUUUUAUGCAUCUUGACAAUGGACAAGAGAGCAUCCCUGGUCUUCUUGACUAUGCACUCAAACCAGAUGACAAAAAGAUCUCUUACUACAGAGAACACACUCACGCCAUUGCCAGUGGUGUAGACAUGGGAGAGGUCAUGGCAGAGCUUUUCAUGAAAGAUACAGGAACCUGCCGUGGUGCUGGUGGAUCCAUGCACAUCUUUGACAAAGAAACUUACUUCCAGGGUGGCUGGGCUCUUGUCUGUGAACAACUUCCAUAUGCUUGUGGUUUGGCCAAGGCCAUCCAGUUGGAUAAGCACUUGGGAAUCUCAGAUGAUGCCGAAGUCAAGGCCAAGGACAAUGUCCCCCCACCAGCGGAUGAUGACCGAAUUUCUGUUGUGUUCAUUGGAGAGGGUGGGUCUCAGAAUGGCCGCAUGGCUGAAGUUCUCAACUCUGCCUCCAAGGAUAAUCUCCCCUUGCUUAUCAUUGUCAUUGACAAUGGCCGUGCCAUCAACACUUUCACUCCUGAUGUUGCAAAGAACUCGGAUGUGUUCAAGCAAGGAAAGCACUAUGGAGUUCCUGGUCUUUUGGUCGAUGGAAACAACCCCGCUGAUGUGGCCAAGGGAGGCAAGGCGGUUAUUGACUACAUUCGCAGUGGCAAGGGCCCUGCUGUCUUGCAGGUACACACCUACAGAUUCAACGGUCACUCCCCUGCUGACCCUGAGCAUGAGCGUGGUCGCAAGGAUGAGAAGGCUUGGGCUCGUUCUGAACAAGAUCCCAUCAAAAAUUUUGAGGCUAUCUACACUGCCAAUGGCAUGUUCACUGAAGACGAACUAAAGGCAACAAGGAAAGAAGUCUUGGCUGAAGUGAAGGCUUGUGUUAAGUUUGCUGACGAAUCUCCCAUGCCUCCUGUUGAGCUUGCCAAGGAGCUUGAAUACCCUGACGCUGCAGAUACAGACUACAACUUGAAGGAGGGCCCUGCAUGGGCUGAUGAGGUCAAUGCCAGAACCAUCAGUCCUGAGAAGAUGGAGACUGUCCAGGCACACAUUGCUGAUCUCCAGGCCAAGGCCAAGGCUGGUGACAUCUCUAUUGGUGACGCCAUCAACCUUGCUAUCCAUGAAGAGAUGUUGAGGGAUCCCACCACUACCAUCCAUGCUGAGGAUUUGCAGGCAGGAUCCUCUUAUGAUAUUCCCAAAUUGACUCAGCAGACCUAUGGAAAGGAGCGUGCUGCUGAUGAGAUCAUUGAUGAAGGCCACUUCAUUGGAAAGGCUCUUGGUGAGGGAUUGAAUGGCUACCGCCCUAUUGUGGAGUUGAUGAACACCAACUUUGGUAUCUAUGGUAUGGCGGAGAUCAGUUCUGCUGGAAACACCUAUGCCACCACUGGAGGAUUGAAGAUUGGAACAGCUGCCUCACCAGACGCUGCCUAUGGUCUGACCAAGAGUAUGAUCCGUGACAAUGGCCCAUGCUUCUUGUUUGCUCCAGUGAAGAUGAUGAAGGAGGCCAAGGGACCUGUGGAUCUUGGCAAGUGCAUGCCUCUGAACAAGGCUGCUCUGUUGAAUGAAGCCUCACAGGCCAGUGUUGACAGUGGCAAGGCAGUAACAGUCUUGACAUACUUGCAUGGAGUGAAGGAGUCCAUGGUGGCCAUUGAAUCGAUCCAAGAGGAAGGUUUUGAUAUUGAUUUGAUUGAGUUGCGCUCUUUGAAGCCUCUGGAUAUGGAGACAAUUGAAAAGAGUCUCUCCAGAACGCACAAGCUUGUCAUCUUGGAUGAAUCUACCAAGACUGGAGGAGUUGGAGCAACCAUUAGUGCCAGGAUCUCUGAGGAACUGUUUGAUCUUCUUGAUUCUCCAGUGAAGAGGUUGUGUAUGGAUGACGCACCAGUUCCCUAUGCAUCCAGUAUGGAGAAGGCUGUGGUGAAGAGAGGCAGUGACUUGAUUGAGGGAGUCUUUGACAUUUGCACAGGCAAAUGGUAA